AUGGUUGAGUCGACUAGAGCAGCAAAGAGCAACACGAAGAACGCGAACAAGAUCCAAUUGAUUGGUAAAGAUAAACCAGACGAUCAACUCGUAAUAGGAGAAGGUAGAAGUGAAGAAGAGAUGCAUGAUGUCAGAGGCGAUUUAGCUCCGGGUACUGAACCUGUUGAUAAGAGCGCGGCCGAACUAGAAUUUGAAGAGGACGAUAUUGUUGAAUCAAACUUAAAAGGGAACUCACCCACUAGAGAAGAUACCGACUUCGUUGAUUUAAUACGGGCCGUACCCAGUCAGUUACUCGUUUUGAAUUUUGAUAACGUUUAA